GGAUUGAAAUUGAAAUAGUAAAUAAUGCGCAAACUUUUCGAACACCGAUCAACGAUCGGCAAUCGGAACAUCGCUUAACGAGACAGUUUUAGUUGAAAUCGGUCAGUUCAAGCUUCAACACCGCAAUGGGAAAACUAGUGCUCUAUGGCGUGGAAGCAAGUCCGCCGGUCCGAGCUUGCAAAUUGACCUUGAACGCCUUGGGACUGCAGUAUGAGUACAGGCUGGUCAAUCUCCUAGCUGGUGAUCAGUUCAACAAGGAAUACACACUGAAGAAUCCACAGCACACGGUGCCCGUGCUCGAUGAUCACGGCAAAUACAUUUGGGAUUCGCAUGCCAUCAUGGCAUAUUUGGUGCGUAAAUAUGCCAAGAGCGACGAGCUGUAUCCCAAGGAUUUUCACAAGCGUGCUGUGGUCGACCAACGUCUGCACUUCGAGUCGGGCGUCAUCUUUCAAGGCUGCAUUCGGAAUAUAGCUCAUCCGGUGUUCCGUCUCAAUGAGACUGAAGUGCCGCGUGCCAAGAUCGAUGCCAUCUACGAGGUUUAUGCAUUUCUCGAGGCAUUCCUGGGCACAACGACUGCGGCACAAAAGUAUCUGUGUGGCAACAGUUUGACCAUUGCGGACUACAGUGUGGUGUCCUCGGUGUCCAGCCUGGUGGGUUUGGCGGCCAUUGAGCAGGACAAAUAUCCAAAGCUUAGUGGCUGGCUGGAGCGCAUGGAACAGCUGCCGGAUUAUCAGUCGAAUAAUGGCAAUGGAGCGCAAAUGUUGAUUGAUAUGUUUAGUGCAAAGAUCACAAAGAUUGUUUGAAUCUCUGGAAUUGAAUUGAUAAUUUGUAUAAUAAAUCGUCACUUUGGAACGUA